AUUUAUCAGUAAGUCUCAGCUGGCAGUCACACACGCCCUCGGCCUCCCAGAGCGAUCAUAAGUAACAUAGUCCUCUCCUGAAGACACGCAGCACUGAAGCAUGAAGGGGCUUCUGCUCCUGUGUCUGCUCCCCUUGUUCGGAGGUCAAAGGUCAUCAGCAUGCCCCCACCCUUGUUCCUGUAAAGGCAAUCAGGUGAAUUGCAGCAGCAUGUCUCUCAAAUCCUCCUCACUGCCCACCAGUUUCCCUGCUGGGACCACCGUGCUCCACCUCCACAACAACCUGCUCACCAGCCUCCCUAAUGGGAUUCUGGAUGAUUUGGCCUCCGUCCACUCUGUUUCCCUUCAUGGUAACCCCUGGGUGUGCGACUGUGGUGUCCUCUACCUGCGAGCCUGGCUUCUCCGUCAGCCACCCGCCCUCAAGUCACAUGUGGGCGUCAACUGCAGCUCCCCUCCCAGCCUGAGAGGGCGGCUAGUGGUGUACUUAAGCGAGCGGGAGGUCCUGGACUCCUGCCACUAUUGGUAUUGUGACCUGGCUUUAGCUUCACAGGUGUGUUUGUUCGUGUUUGUGGUGGUUCAGGCAGGUUUGCUGGUGGCCCUCAUCGUGUUCCUGAGAAAAUUCAAGAGGCUAUCCAAAGAGGCAAAGAGAACCACAGAGGAGAGCUUCACAGCCGAGGAGAGUCCGAGAGAGAACGAAUAUGCACCUCUAAGGGACAGCAGCACCUGAGUUGGAGCUGUGAUGUGUGAUUGGGUGACACAAAAGAAGAAAAAGAGCUGUUUAUUAUUUGCACACUGGAGAAAAUGUCUCUUACAUGCUUUUGUGUUUCAGACUAUAGCUCCAGAUAUAGUUUUCAUGCAUAAACAGAUGACAAACUAAAGAAAAAAACAUGAAUAAACGAGUUAAGAAACAUAACAAAUACAAAUGCUUCCAAACGGCAUGUGAAUCAUAUUCUACACCACCAGAUCUCAAACUCAGCACACUGAAGUUGUUCUUACAGCUUGUGAUGGCCUAACACCACCAUAGAAAGGACAAAUGACAAUAAACAUUAAUAAUAGUCUGCACUACAGCUUGUCAAGGAUAUUCAUUUCAUAUAUUUCGAUAAGGAUCCCUUAAAUUGGUUAUUAAACCGUUGUGGCCAAGAUAUACACUGAGCAGCACCUUUGAAGGCUGAAAAAUGACAGUUACUAUGUAAACAACAUAUCACUAGCAUUUCUAUACUGCUUUUUAUCUUAAGUUUGACAUUUGACAACACAGACCCUUUCUGCCUUUAUUCAAAUCCCAUGUGGUUGAAAUAGAAGAUGAAGAAAUGUUUUAGAUUGUGUAGUUUUGUCUUGCACAUUGAGAUGUUUGAUUUGGAUGUGAACAAUUAAAAUAAUCUGAACUGAAGACUGAAUUAGAAAUUAGAAAUGAUAUCCAGAUUAGGUCAGUCUGAACUAUGUGUAUGGUGAUAUGUGGCUUAAUUGCAUCAUUUUUAAAUGUCUUUCAAUGUUUUUUGUUGUUGUUUGUUUUGCAAUUUAUCAAUUGAUUGUGCCAUUGAUCCAUGUUUUUUUUUUAUAACCCAACAUACCAAGUGUAACUAAAACUUACUCAUGCUUCAUGGAAAUGAUUUGUAAUUGUUUUUAUACAUUUUUUAAAAGUAAUUUAUGCAUUUUGUAUGUCAUUAAAAAUGCAUUUAAUAUAAAAA